CAUCAGUGAUUGAGAAGUAGCAGGUUGAGUGAUUAGUACACCUGCGGAAGAAUAUCAUCUGUGGAUUAUUAUUAUUAUUAUUAUUAUUAUUAUUAUUAUUAUUAUUAUUAUUAUUAUUUUCAGACUUAUCAGGAGAGCUGAUGGCAGUGUCAUACGAGUUCAGCCGCAUUCUCACUAACGUCAUGAGCACGGUGUACCAGACUGAGGAGAGCAACCCUGGAGGCAUUUCUCUCCCAGACAGCAGGGAGCUCCUGCAGCCACUGUCCCUGGAAUCACAGGACCCCAGCAGCUGGUGCAGCGUCAAGCCGCAGUUCUGGAACAGGAACCACGUACUGCAGUGGAUCAGCCACCACGUGGAGAAGUUCGACUACGAUGCCAGCACCCUGGACAUGUCCUACUGCACCAUGGACGGGGCCACGCUGUGCCAGCUCUCCUGUGAAUCCCUGCGCACCAUGUUUGGGCCCCUGGGGGACCAUCUGUACCGCAGCCUCUGUGAGCAAAACUGCAAGAGCCUGGCGUACGACGACCUCGACACCGCCUUCGAAGACGUCAGCUACAUCAUCCGAGGGGACGAGGGGGACCUGAGUCUGCUGGACACCGUCCGGUUCGGCGCAGCCUGGGACAGUGACUUCAAUAUCAUCAUGGAUCCUUCCUGGAGUGAUACUGGCUAUGAGUCCGGCCCCACCUCUCCCGACAGCCUCAACAGCUCCAGUGCAGGAUCCCAGAGAUUCCAGACCCCUUGCUCUCCAGACUCCGUUGGAAGUGAUUCGGACCUCGAUUCAUCCAAAUCAAAAUUCACCCCCACGACAGAUAUGUACGUGAAGAUCGAAGGCUGUGACCUGAAGCCCUGUAAGCGAGGGAGGGGGCGGCCCAGGAAGCUGAGCCGCAGCGUGGCGGACUGCAUCGAGAUCAAGAAGAGCAAACACGCUCCUCGCGGGACCCACCUGUGGGAGUUCAUUCGAGAUAUCCUGAUCAGCCCGGAAAAGAACAACGGGCUGAUGAAGUGGGAGGACCGUACAGAGGGGGUCUUCAAGUUCCUCAAGUCCGAGGCAGUGGCACAGCUCUGGGGGCAGAAGAAGAGGAACAGCAGCAUGACGUACGAGAAGCUGAGCCGUGCCAUGAGGUACUAUUACAAGAGAGAGAUUCUGGAGCGAGUGGAUGGCCGGAGGCUGGUCUAUAAGUUUGGGAAGAACUCCAGUGGCUGGAAGCUGGGGGAAGUGAAUAGUGGAAAGUGAGUGGCCCGAGUGGCGGCACUGUGAGGUGCUUGAGAGGCUCCGGGACAGAGCUGGGUUAACGCCUGGGGUCCUGUAUGAGAUAAAGACGGUGCGUUGGAAGGACUCGGGACGGCAGAGCCGCAUUUGUGCUCUAUUGUUUUAGACUCUCGCCAAAAAGUGGCAAAAGUGUGUGUGCGCCUUUUUGGCGUCAGGAAACAGUAAGCCAAUAUUUCGGCAAUAAGUAGGUUGUAUGAACCGCUAAAAUGUAAUUAUUAUUGUUGUUAUUAUUUUAUGUUUUAUUGUUAAAGUUAUUGGCGACGAUCCUGAGACGUUGACAAUCACCAACCAGUCAUUCAAACAGAUAAAGCAUU